AUGCCGUACGUCAACAUGGUCAUUAGAGAGACAUUGCGAAUUAUGGGGUCCUGCGGUUCAAGUCAACCUCGUAUUGCUACAGAAGACACUCAACUUGGCGCCUACUUUAUUUCCAAGGGCACAAUUGUCACUGUAGACAUUGUUAGUCUUCAGCAUGAUGCAGGCAUUUGA